AGAAACCGUGUCAAAGACCUAGGUCCACCGAUACCAGGCACUAACGGGCGAAACAAAGGCUGUCAGACUUAGUCGCUACAUCCAGUUACAGCGUGAGCAGAUAGCCACACACCGCACAAACAAACAACACUCUUCUACUUACCACGACCAUAUUCCAUCUCGCCUUACCUCUCCCAUCGUACUACUUCACUUCUAUCGCAUAUCUCGCGUCUCCACCUCGCCUGAACGCGCCACCGAGACCGACGGACGCGUCGCCACAAUCGAACACAGCUAUCAUCCAUCAUCUACGAACGACCUUUGGUUAUCACAGAUAUGCUUGCACCCGCCGCCCGCUGGAUGGACGUCGGUCGUUGUGGCAAUUCUAUUCCCAGAUAUGCCUCGGGAACCUCUUUGUCGCGAUGCCCUGCGGUGAAGGCAUCACGGGCCGCAUCGUGGGAAACGUUGAGCACGAGCUUCAAACCGACUGUCACAAGACCAACCGACGAAGGCGCCGUGUUCACAUCUGUUACCGCAGCGAUAUUCAACCUUGACGAUAAUGACGAAAACGUAUAUAGCCAGAUCGAGCCUGUUUUAGCCGUAUCGACCUCAACCAGCGCCACCACAAAAUUCAGUAUCGAUGUCUUAGACGCCCCGGGGCCGGACCUUGACCAUGUUGCCACCUCGUGUCAGCUAUUCCCAGACUUCCAGCGUCUACUCCCGGGAUCCGAGGAUGACCUCGAACUCUCAGACUAUUCUGAAGACGAAGAGUUUGUUUAUAUUCCUACCAUGACUUCUCAUGCCUUCGAAGACCCUGAAGAAACUGAAGUAUUCGACAAAUCCGCCGAUGACAAACUACUUCAAAAUGCGUUUAAAACGCCAGGCAACAUAGUGGUCGAUUGCGUCAAUCCCGAAAAGGCCCCACACAUUGUCAUAACACCUGCAGAAUCGACGCCAUACGACGACUAUAUCGCAUGGGGAAACCGGGUAGACUUUCAGUGGCGCGGAUGGUUAUGUGUACCACCAACAUAUAUUUCCCGAACAAGCCUCCCUUCAAUAGCACUAGAUGCUCAAGCCGACAUACUAGGACCAGCACCCGACGUCGACCCGCUGAUAGCUUUUAAAGCGAAGAAAGUUUUCAGCUUAGCCAAGUUUACUCGGGUUGUCGAGGCCGCUGCCACAGAGCGUCUCAUAAUGUAUCACAUUGUAACUGCUUUGCAGCGGCACCUUGUCAAAGCCGUGGCUUACGUUGCCGCCGCCCAAGCCCUGCUCCUCUCUCAUCCACUUUCUCCCAUAAAUGACCCUUACGAGUACCAAUGGACAGACCCAGCUAUUCCACUUCUUCAGGCCCACUCCCACACCCUCGGCACUCUGGUCCUUGACUCCAUCAAGCCCUUCAGGGCGCCGCAUAUCGUCAUCACCUUUGCCCCACCCGAAAACCCAUGGAUAGCAUGGGAUAAUCGAAUAGGCGUACAAUAUCCCGGAUGGCUGGCCGUCCCAGGGAUUCCUUUUAUGGGGUACUGGGACGACGAGGAUUCUUUAUCGGAUGAUCACUCCGUAAUGGAAGUCCCGAGCGAAGGCGACGAUGAUGUUGAUUUUUUGCAGGCUGCCUUUGAUCAGGAGGUUGACAGGGACGAAGAGUCGGAGCCAGAGACGACACCGCCUGGCACGCCUGAGCAAGAGACUCCGGUUCGCUUGGAAACCAUCAAGGAGGAGGAGGAGGAUAUAUGGGGAGAUGAGGACGAAGACGAGCUACCUCCAUUCGAUGACUGGUAUCAGCAAAUUGCCCAAAGAAAUGGGGUGCAGGUGCAAUGAUCUCCCUGUCCUGUUCCUUUGCGGUUUUGCUUUCGUGCUUGUUGGACCUCUGUUCGAUACCCUCAUAUCUUAUACCUCCAUUUGUACAACCACUCAUCCAUGACAACAUCUUCUGUAUUUCUACAUUCACAUCUGUUUCCAUAUACUUUCAAUCACACUUGUACAACACAACGUUAAGAAGACUGUAGUGUUCAGCGCAGAAUGAACGGUAUUUUCGGGAUUUGAUGGUACGAUUUCUGAGUUCCUAAACUGACUCAAUUGUCGAAUCAUCUCAUCAGUAUUCAGCGCAAGGAAUGGGAUC